AAAUGUGUUGUGCCAAGUUCAUUGUCAUUACUUUAAUAUGCUCUUGUACUACAGAUUCCCGUUCAAAAUGUGUAUGUCUGUCACUCUGUUACUGUUAUAGCCAUAGACAUUAUCUGGUGUUCUCUGGCGAAUGCCAAUCAAGCUGCACAGUGCUGGGCUGUAAGCACAGAUUCCACUAGAGGACAUUGGGCACUCAUGCCACCCUCAUGGAGUCUGAGGGUGGUGUUAUUCUAUAAUGUGCAUUCCAUUAAUACAAUUAAAAUGUUGAGAUGUGUGCAGUUGAGCCGUAUAACCUUUUACUAACCCUGGCCCGUCAUUGUAGGGUUUCAUAAAGCCUAAGGGCUUUCUGUCCAGUGGGUAAGCUCUAUACUAAGUAGGCGGUCUGUAGCCAAAGCUUUAGCAACAUGCACUUUGUUUUAGUAUGUUGUGGCUUAGACAGUAACUGUCCAAUUAUACAAACCCUAGAUAUUAGAAAGCAUGUUUCAUAACUACCACUAAUACAAAUAGAAUGUUAACUGUAUUACUGCACAACUGUUAUUUAAUGUAAAAGGUGUUUGUGUUUCAGUGACAUUAAUAUAUGCAGUGAAUGGAGAUACACUCUUGAUGUAAAUGGAGAAACACAAAAGUCAAGAAGAAAAACAGCAAAUCGGUGCAGUUUCAGAUUGGAUUUUCAUUAAAAGGCAAACAACAACCGUCCCAUCACGUGCCUCUAAAACAAUCCAUUACUGACAAUUGAUGUCAAGCAGCACGUUGUUGCAGCAUAAUGCUGCCUUGCGAGAAGAAACACUGCUAAUGGACAGAAAGCCUUAUAAGAUUCAAUGCAUUAAAUAUAUAUAAAUGUGGCAGAAUGCCUUCAAAGGUCUCAUGCUUGUACGUGUUGACAGUCGUUUGCUGGGCAAGUGCUCUUUGGUACUUGAGUUUAUCCCGCCCGACGUCCUCCUAUGUGAGUGGGCAGCUUUCUUUGCCUAUCCGGAAGACUGUGAAAACCCUCAAGAACGGCACAUUCAGCAACAUCCGCACACGAACGCUGAACCCACACGCCUUUGACUUUGUCAUCAACGAGCCUAAGAAAUGUGAGACCAACACGCCCUUCCUGGUCAUCCUUAUUAGCACCACGCACAAAGAGUUUGACGCCAGGCAGGCCAUUCGGGAGACGUGGGGAGAUGAGAGCACCUACAGCGAUAUCCGCAUCAUCACCCUCUUCCUGUUGGGCCGCAACACGGACCCGGUCCUCAACCAGAUGGUGGAGCAGGAGAGCCAGAUCUUCCACGACAUCGUGGUGGAGGACUUCAUAGACUCGUACCACAACCUCACUCUCAAGACACUGAUGGGCAUGCGCUGGGUGGCUACCUUCUGCUCCCAGGCCCAGUACGUCAUGAAGACGGACAGUGACAUCUUUGUCAACAUGGACAAUCUGGUGUACAAGCUCCUGAAGCCCGCCACCAAGCCCAAAAGGAGGUACUUCACGGGCUACGUCAUCAAUGGAGGUCCCAUCAGAGACAUGCGUAGUAAGUGGUACAUGCCCCGAGACCUGUACCCUGAAGCCAAGUACCCGCCGUUCUGCUCGGGCACGGGUUACGUGUUCUCAGUGGACGUGGCAGAGCUCAUCUAUAAGACCUCUCUGCACACCAGACUGCUCCAUCUGGAGGAUGUAUACGUGGGGCUGUGUCUGCGGAAGCUGGGCAUUCACCCCUAUCAGAACAGUGGCUUCAAUCACUGGAAGAUGGCCUACAGCCUGUGCAGGUACCGUCGUGUUAUAACUGUCCACCAGAUCUCCCCAGAAGAAAUGCAUCGGAUAUGGAAUGACAUGUCCAGCAAGAAACACCUCAGAUGCUAAAUAGCAGCACCUGAGGACUUCAAAACUUGGACCCUUCUGUUUUCAUUUUUAUCUUUUUAACCCUGUGUUCUGACAAAGUUACUUAAAGUUUCAGAUGUCUUUAUUUUCUGACAGCAUUAGUUUUCAAUAGGCCACUAUUACAGCACAAGCCUCGGAGGCCUGAGGAGGCAUGUUCUCUGAGGCCCGAGGAGGCAUGUUCUCGCGGGCCUGAAGAGGCAUGUUCUCGGAGGCCUGAGGCUUGUGAAGUGCAUGUUCUUGUUGGAAACAUUUUAAUAUACUGUGGUGUUACUAAUCAUUUUGCAAUCAGUGGUUUCAACCAAUGACUUCACAAACUCAUUUUGAUUAACAAUUACUCUGUAAAUGUAACAUUUUGAAGUAACAUUUACAAGCAAGGGAGAUAUUAUUAAAUGAAAAAUAGACAUUUGUAUCCACUUUAUGCCAAACCCUAAUGCUGUUUUGGGGACACUAGUUCAGCUGGACAAAGCUUUGCCCAUAGACAUGUCUUAUCCCUCAAACAGGCUUAAGGCUCAUCAACUAAAAUACACAGUUCAUUGAAAUAAAUUCCACAAUGCUGCAGCACGGACAACAUUUAGUAUACUCUGCAAAAUGUAGACCAAGUGUGAAUGUUACUGGUUAUUUUCUUAUGCCAUUUAAUAAGACAUGAAUACAUCUCUGCUCAACGUACACGAUUGGUAGUGAUGUUCACUAUUACAAAAACUAUAUGUGUAAGUGAAACAAAUGUUCUAAAUGUGAAUUUGCCUGGGACUUUUUGUUUACAUAUUGAUGUAAAUGUAACUGCUUAUUUUGGAAACAUUUACAUGUAAUGUAUUAUUUCUACACUCAAAUAAUUUUCUUAAGGGGUUGCUUUGAGAUUCUGGCAAUGAAAGCCUUUAUUUGCUUCCCAAGAUAAACUCAUGAAUAACAUUUGUACAGUGCCUUUGUAACGUCCCCUUAAUUUUCUCCACACUUUGUUGUGUUAGAGACUCAAUUUAAUUUAAUUACAGUUAUUUUUGGACAUCUAUCUACACACACAACACCUCAUAAAAUAUCUCAUGUAACAAGUAUUUAGACCCUUUAUUCAAUACUUUUUUGAAGCACUUUCGGCAGUGAUCAAAGCUUUGAGUCUUCUUGAGUAUGCCCCUACCAGCUUUACACUACUGGAUGUACACAGUUCUUCCCAUUAUUGCUGGCAGAUCCUCUUAAACCCUGUCAGAUUGGAUUGGGACUGUGACUGAACUGUGACCUUCAGGUCUCCCCACAGAUGUUCAAUGGGGUUAAAGUCCUGACUUCAGCUGGGCCACUGGGCUAUUCACAGACUUGUACCAAAGCUACUCUAGCAAGGUAUUCCUCUUUAUUUUGCUCUGUUAAUCCUUCCCUAAAUCCAGUCUACCAGUCCCCUGAGAAGCAUAGCAUGAUGCUCCCACCACCAGACUUCACCGUAGGGAUAGUCUAGUGAUAAGCGGCACCUUUUCUUUGGACAGACGAGGCUUGACAUUCAGUCCUAAUAGUUUGAUUUUGGUCUCAUCAGACCAAAUAAUCAUUUUCUUCAUGCUAUGAGUCCAUCAGGUGACAUGUUUACUAAGGUGGCAUGUCACCUGCUUCCAUCUAGCCACAGAAACAUAAAUGCCUGAUUGAUGGAGUUCUGCAGAGAUGUGAGAGUGGCCAAUGGUUUCUUGGUCACCUCCCUCCAAAGCCCAACUGUUUGGCCAGACACCCAGCUGUAGGAGGUCUUGGUGGUUCCGGUUUCCUUCCAUUUCAAAAUGACAGAACCCACUGUGGUCCUGGGAACGUCCAAUGCAUUAGCACAUUUCUAUGACCUUCUCUAGAUGUGCACAAAUCUCAAAUGUCUACGCAGAGUUCUUUGUAGUUCAUGUCCAGGGUUUUGCUCUAACAGGCACUGUGUAGUGUGGGACCUUAUACAGACAGGUUUGUGCCUCUAAAUAAUGUCCAAUCAAUUGCAAUUGGCUCAGGUGGACUCGCGUUGUACAGACAUCUCAAAGAUGAUCAAAGAACAGGAUUCAUCUGAGCUAAAUUUUAAGUGUCAUGAGAAAGGGUAUAAAGACUACGUAUGAGAUAUUUCUGAUUUUGUUUUCCAGAUUUCCACAAAAAGUCAUUAAGGGUUAUUGUGUGUAUGCUGAUUGAAAAAAAUACAUAUUUAAAAAUUAAAGUCUAUAACAACAAAAUGUGGGAAAAGUGAAGGUGUCUGAAUAUUUUCCGAAAGCACUGUGUGUCUGCAUGCACUGUGUCUCUGUAUGAAGGGAGUUAGAGAAACAGAGUUAGUUACAUGAGUCAACGCAAGGAGCGAAAGUCUAGAGGAACAGCUUUCAUGCCACGACUUAGCAAUUGCACUAGUUAGCAAUUGCAGACCAGCUGGCAACUUCCUUCACUAAGUGCAGAAACAAAAUUGUAUCUGUGAGUAAAUUUGACUCUGGGGAAGGAGACAAAGGGCUUGAUUUCCAAAAUGUCUAACUAUUCCUAACGUGUAUUUUAGGUAAAUAAAUGUGUCAUACUACAAGCUUCUGAAUCUGAUAAACCUGGCUACUAUUACUGUAUACUGUAUUUAGAGAGCUGAUUCAUUAACACUACCUUUUAUCAACAGACAUAAAUAUCAUCUUGUGCAAGUGUCAACUUACAGUGUAACUACUAUUUACAUUCCCAAGUGAAUGUAUUACCCUGUGUAUUUGGCAUACCAGCCUUUACUGAAGCACUGCUAUUGUAAUGUAAAGUAACAGGAAAUAAUUAUAUUUGGUUAUGGCCAUUUUCAAGUGCUUUUUAAAGUCUAGUAUUAUAAGCUAUUGUGACAUUUGACUGUGAAAGCAUCCAUAUCUAUCCUGAAGAGGAUUGUUGUGAUAUACAAUGUUUGUUUUUUU